AUGAAAUUCCUAGUAUUCGGAAUCGCUCUCGUCAUCGCCGGAGCGGCGGCGUUCCCCGAUAUUGAAGGAUACCAAAGCGAAGGUGAAGUGUUCGCCGACAACUUUAGAAGGGCUCUUGAAGCCAUCCAAAGAUACAUCGUCAACAACAACCUCGAUCCUCUAGCAGUCCAAAGACACGACCGUCACAUCGCUCGUUUCCCAUACCUGAACAUUCACCUCUUCAUACAAGGCUUGAACUUGAAAGGUUUGAGCAACAUCGUCAUCCACAGCUUGGACUACUCAAACGUGUUCAGCAGAUUCCGUUUAGAUGUAGAACUCCCAGAAAUUGAUUUCAGCCUAGAGGAUGCUGGUUUCUCGGGAGCUGUCGUUUCGAGGAACGUAUCUGCUAAGUUCGGCGGAAAAUUGAAAAUCUCCAACAUCCGUUUGAAUGGUGAAGCUUACGUCCAACCCAACUUAGUCGGGGGUCCAUCCAACAUCACCUCGGUCGAUGCCAAAUUCAGCCUUGGAGGUCUCACGUCCGACCUAGUCGUCGAAGUGUUGGAGAACAACCACAGCGAAUGGUUGAACAACCUUCUCAAUGUCAGAAUUCCCAACUUCUUGAAGAACAACGAGAACGACAUCAACAGGGUGCUAAGCUCCGUGAUCAGGAGAAUCGCUCAGUUCUACUUGAAUAACAGACCCAGACCCUCAUUUUAA